CAGUGUAAACAACUUCGAGUAUAAAUAAUAGUUGAAAUAUUAUAUUAUAAUUUGUGAGGUUAUUUAUAUUUGAGAUGUGUCUACCAGUGUUGACUAAAUGUUGCUGUUGUAUGCCAUUAAGGAAGGGAUUGAUUGCUUGGGGAUAUUUCAGAAUGAUUAUUACAGCUGCGUAUUUACUGAUAAUCGUCCACGAAGUCGGCACACAGUUCAGUGCGAAAGGACUCGCCAUAGUACUCGCCCUACUGAGCUUCCUUGUGACCAACAUGGUUUUUACUAUUACAUUCAUCAUUGGAGCACAUAAGAAAAACUACAAACUGCUGCGGCUGUACUACUCCUUCAGCAUAUUCGCUCUGGUCGUCAUGAUGAUGGGCUACUUCAUAUUCAUUACUCUGCAAGUGGCACUGACUUUACAGGACGAAGAAAAAUAUAUCCUUGGUUUCCCGUUAAUAGCUGUCAAUAUCACAACAGUCACCAGUAUAUUUCUCGACCUGUACUUCCUCAUACUCAUUAAAAUUGAGAUUUUAAAGCAAAGAAACCAAACAGCCUAUUACGUGAACGGGGCACGUAGAGAAACUAGCUUUGUCCUUGACGUUUCUUUAGCGAAAGAGGAGGACAGAAGAUGUACCACAAGCUACUCCGACUCGGAUUCUGAAGAAGAUGUGGUUGAGAAGAAACGAAUGUUUCCCGUUCAUGAAUUGAAAAUAUUAAAGAAGGAUUUAGAAAAUAAAAGGAUAUAA